AUGACUUACACUCAAUUGCUACCGUAUCUGAUUCAGAAUGGGACUGUCGUGCCAAGGGCAUUACGUCCAAUGUCGAAGCCGCAUAAGCCUUGGUAUGAUGAGAAUGCUAGAUGUGCCUUUCAUACUAAUUUAGAGGGUCAUACAACAGAGAAUUGCAAAGUGUUCAAGCUCCCGGUCCAAGAGUUGAUAGAUCAGAAAAUAUUGUCUUUUGCUGAUGUUCCAAAUGUGGGGAACAAUCCUUUGCCUAAACAUGAUGGUUCAGGUGUCAAUGCUAUAGAAAGUUCAACUGAUGAUGGAUUGAUAAAGGAUGUGUUCAAGUUGAAGACUCUUUUAACAGUGGUCCAUGCUAGAUUAAUGGAAGUAGAAAUGAUGAAUGGAGUACAUGACAAUUGUGUGGUGUGUUCAUCCAACCCUGAUCAGUGUGUUCAAUUCAAAAUUUGUCUUCAACGUUUGAUGGAUCAGCGGGUUAUUCAGUUCACCAGAGCAAAGAUUGAUGAGGAUGUUGUUGUGAUUGUGCCUGUGUUUGAUCAGGAGAGGCUUCCCAAGCCUUUUGUGGUCCCUUAUCAGAGAAAUGCUGACCUAGAGCCAGUGAAGAAGAUUGAGCCCAUGGUUAUUUAUGUUCUCGCUCCAUUCUCAUUUGACAGUACCAAAGCAGUGCCUUGGAACUAUGAGCCUGUAGUUUAUGUGGGUAACAAACCAGUAAUCUUGAAAGAGCCAGAUGUGACUAACAUCGUUGGAGCUAGUGGUGUGACUCGAAGUGGAAGGGUUUUCACUCCUGAAGUGAUCCCAGACAAAGAAAGUGCACCAACAGUUGAACCAACAAAGGGGAAAGAGGUCAAUCCUCCAGAAGCAGGAGAAGGCUCAUCUAAGAAAUCAGUGACUGCUGAAGAGGAUAGAGAAUUCUUGAAGAUCAUCAAGAAGAAAGACAUCAAUGUUAUUCAUUUUGAUAAUGUGGUUGCUAAUCUCAAUGCUAGUAGUUGUUUGAUGUUCACUGACGAUGAUUUACCCCCUAAUGGGCGAGAACAUAAUAUGGCGCUUCAUAUCUCCAUUCAAUGUACAGAUGUUACUUUGGCUCGAGUACUUGUGGAUACAGGUUCAUCCUUGAACGUGUUACCUAAGACUACCCUGGCACAACUGAAUAUUGAAGGGGUGCAGAUGAGACCUAGUGCUUUGAUAGUGAAAGCUUUUGAUGGGCCUAAGCGAACAGUUAUUGGGGAGAUUGACCUCCCAAUCCUGAUUGGACCUCAAACUUUCUGUAUUACCUUUCAGGGGGUCAUGGCCUCGUGGAAGAGUGUUAAAGCUGCAAUUGAAGCUGGUUGCCCUGGAAGUUGGGGCAUAAUGAUUGAAUUGCCAGAGAAGAAAGACAAGUGUGGAUUAGGAUAUCAGCCGUCUAUUGAACUUUUUAAAGAUCAGAAGAUACAUCAGGGGAAGGUUCCUAGCAUCCAGGAAAUAUUCUCCAAAGCUGGUUUCCGAAGUGAUGAUCAAGUGAAUGCUCUUGAAGAUGAAGAUCCAGAUUUGUCCAAGAUGGUGUUUUGUGGACCUCCGGAUGCCACUCUCACUAACUGGAAGGCAACAGAUGUUCCGGAUAUAGUUUCUUGUUCAAAGUAA